CGUUUGUUUCUUUAUAUAGUUAAGUUUGUGUUUAUUGACUAACAAAAUAAAAGUACCUUAUCCUCAGGUUACUAGACUAGGAUUUCAGAGUACUCAUUCUUAAGUUUUCAAAACUUGGGUAGUAUGUCAAAAAUAGAAGUAUUUUCUGCUCUGUUUCCUCCAUGAUUAUAUUUUUUAUUUAUUGAUUACUUGCAUCUAGUUUUUAAAAAAGAAUUUUCUUACUUGAAGUUAAGUAAUCCACCCAAGAUUAGUGUAAUAGGUAGUGAAACUGGGAUUUGAACCCAGAUGGUGUGACUUGAAAGCCUUUGACCUUGUACACUAUGCUUUUCCAUUGUUAACUUUUAUCUGUUGUGUUUUUUAACCUAUAUCCUGUUAUUGGUCAUUUACCUUAUUUCCAAUUUUUCCUUAUUUUAAAAUUAUACUAGUUAUUGGUAACAUUGUUGCUGGUCAGAUUGUUUUAAAGACUUAAACCAGGUACUGAGGAAAUAAAAUGAUGGUUAAAUUUUUCUUUAAUGUCCUUAGAAUUUAUAUUUUAAGCAAAGUGAAAGACAUUAUUACCAAAACAAAUUGUAAGAGAAGUGAAUAAAAAUAGGACAGUACUAUAGGAAUAUAGAGUGGGGAAUGAUUAAAUAUCUGUCAAAGGUUGGAUUCAAACAGCUUCACAGAAGGCUCUGAACUUGAAAGAUGAAUAACACUUUGCUAGUAGAAGUCAGGGAGCACAUUGAAUGCACAAAGGACAGUGGAUAAAUGACCCAACGGCAUGAAAUUUAAAGCCUGUGUCUAGGAAGAUGGCGUUGCCAUUACAUGAAGAGGAAGCAGAUUUGGGGUAUCCAGAAUGCUACCAGGGGGACUUUUAGUUCUUGGAGUAUUUAUUAUUACAACUUUAGAAAUGGGGAAUGAAUUUCAAAAUACCCUACAUAGACUAGUAUUUGCUGUGGAAAAAUCUAUGAAUAAAAAGAGACUGUGGAAUUUCACAGACGAGGAGGUCUCAGAACGAGUGACACUUCACUUUUGCUCUUCUACAAAAAAAAUAUUUUGUCGAACUUAUGAUAUCCAUAAUCCAAAGAGUUCUGCAAAACCAGCAGAUUGGAAGUAUCAAAAUGGACUAUCAGCUUCAUGGCUUUCUUUAGAGUGUACAGUAUAUAUUAAUAUUCAUGUCCCACUGUCUACUACUUCUGUCAGCUAUACUCUGGAGAAAAAUACAAAGAAUGGACUUAUACACUGGGCCAAGCAAAUAGAAAAUAGUAUUUAUUUGAUUAAUGGACAAGUUAAAGAUGAAGAUUGUGACCUAUUAGAAGGACAGAAAAAAUCUUCUAGAGGAAAUACUCAGGCAAUUAAUCAUUCUUUUGAUGUCAGAGUGCUAACACAGUUGCUUCUGAAUUCAGACCACAGAUCCACAGCCACAGUCCAGAUCUGCAGUGGCUCUGUAAACCUCAAGGGUGCUGUGAAAUGCAGAGCUUAUAUUCAUAGCAAUAAACCCAAGGUUAAAGAUGCUGUACAGGCCAUGAAAAGAGAUAUAUUGAAUACAGUUGCUGAUCGUUGUGAAAUACUAUUUGAGGAUCUGCUUUUGAAUGAAAUUCCAGAAAAAAAAGAUUCUGAAAAAGAGUUCCACAUCCUCCCUCACCGAGUUUUUGUCCCCAUUCCGGGAUCCACUGUAAUGUUAUGUGAUUAUAAAUUUGGUGAUGAGUCAGCUGAAGAAAUUAGAGACCAUUUUAUAGAGAUGUUAGAUCAUAUGAUUCAAAUAGAAGAUUUGGAAAUUGCAGAGGAAAUAAACACAGCCUGUGUAAGUUCCUCUAUGAAUACUGAAGCUUCAUUGGACAACACAGAUGAUGAACCAUCAAAACAGCCAAUUAAAACUACAAUAGUGUUCAAAAUUCAGCAAAACAUAGGUGUGAUUGCAGCAUUUGCAGUUGCAGCCCUUGCUGCGGGUAUCUCCUUUCAUUACUUCAGUGAUUAGGGUGAGGCACAAAGAGCUUCCUGAUCAUCCAGAGAACACUGACCAACAAUUAUGAAUAAUAAUGAUGCAAACAAUCCAUCUGCGUCUAAGACAAUAGCAGUCAGAUCUGCUGCCAUAAUGCCUAUUAGGUGUGUUUCUGACUAAAAUGAAAUCACCAGCUGCCUUGUUUAGCCCUGCUUAUAUUAUAGGUGGCUCAGGCUUCCAAGAAUAAAGUUAUGAAUCUAGAUGGAAGUUGCAUGUAACAAAUCGUUAUUAUCUAUUUUUUAAAAUGUUCAAAAUGAUGGUUUAUUUUCAUAGAUUUUAGUCCUGUUGACCUGAACCACAUAUUGAUCAGGACAUUGGAAAUUUGAAUAGUCAGGGUUGACUGACUAUAUUAGUAAUAGAACAAUAGAAAUUUCUGCAAAGUGGGGCAAAAACUUAUUGGAUAAGUUCAUAGUUUAGGACCUUUCUAUACUGAUUCCAAAAUACUGAUUGAGUUCCAUUUGAGGGGUAGGAAACCUCUCCAGACCUCUUGAAUCAGCAAGGAUUGUCAUAAAUCAUGAGCUUUCUCUGGUUAGUAUAUCAUAACCUAAUAUAUUAAAUAAGACUUUUGCUUCCAGUAAUAUAUUAGGUACUGCAAAACAGCUAGAUCCUGAAUAAAAUCUCCUUUUGAAUACAUUAAUAGGCUCAAAGAAAGUAGGGGAAAUCUCCAAGAACUACACCUCUAUUUUUUCUCCCUGACAAAAUGAACACAUUUUGAUAUGGAAAUUGUGAAAACUAUAUUAAGCAUAAGGUUGACAGUGGUUGCCUGGGUGACAAAUACCAAUUGCAGCACUGCCAUAUGCAGUUUUCCUUAGACCAGAAACAAGGAGAUAAAUCUGAAUCUGAGAUGUCCCAUCCAGGACAGUUGAAGUGGGCCUCAGUUUGUAAUACCCUAUAGUUCCUGGCAGAAACAAGAUGUAGGCCCCAGAUUCCCAUAGAUUAAGAUAAGCAAUAUUAUUUAUGGCUGGAGAUCACCAGGUGCAAGUUGAAACUAGCUAGCUUGAGAAAGAACCUGUAGAUAUAAACUUUGGACUCAAUUUUCCAAGGUCUUAUCAUCAACAUACAUGAAGGAUGGAACCACAGACUGAUCUGAAAAAGAAACAAGUGGAACUGCUUGAUGAGAAAUAUGUUACUUGCAGUUUAAAAAAAGAAAAACCCUUAGACAUGUUGAAUAUCAUAUUAGACUCAGCUGAAGAGACAAUACAUAAACUGGAAGCUAGAUAUAAGGAAAUUACCCAAUGUGCAGCCAGGAGAAACAAGGUGCUAGAAAAUAUAAAUAUUAAGGAAAAGAUAAGAGAUAUAGAAGGAAGAAUUAUGAAUACUAGAAGUACCAGCAGAAGAGAAUAGAGAGGAUGGAGGAGUGGCAAUAUUUGAAGAGAUAACAGAAUUUUCCACAUUUGUUGGAAAAACACGAAUUCAUAAGUUCAGGAAGCACAAUGUAUCCCAAGCAUAUAUAGAUAAAAUCCAAGCCUAAACCCAGUGUAGUAUAACUGUGAGAUACCAAACAGAGGAUUCUUAAAGAAAUCAAAGGGGGAAAAAGAUUAUCAGUGAAGGCAAGACAGAUACUUCAGAAAGCUUCUCAACAGCAACAAUGUACUCCAAAGGUGGUAGAAUAGUGCCUUCAAAAUUCUGAGAAAAACAAUUGUCAACUUGGAAUCUGUAUGAAGCAAAACUGAAAUAAAUACAUAUUCAAGUGAAAAACAGAUUUUACCAUUGGUGGAACUUCUUUAAAGAAAUUGCAAAAGGAUUAUCUUCAAGAAGGAAAAUAAUUCCAAAAGGAUGAUCUGAAAUUGAAGAACUAGUAAGCAAAUAAAUGAAAAACAUGUAAAUCAAAAGUGUUGUUUGUAUAAAACACUCGUAAUGAAAGAAGUGUUUAUAAGAAGCAAGAUUGUAACUAAAUAAAACUAAAUAAACAUUUUAUGCAACAUUAA